AUGACGCGCGCCGUUCUGUUUAUUGUUGCUUUAUGCUUUAUUGCAAAAAGCUAUGGGAAAACAUUCACGGAAUGUGAAUUAGUCCAGGAGUUAAGAAGGCAAGGAUUUCCCGAACAUCAACUUAAGGAUUGGGUGUGUCUGGUCGAAGCGGAGAGUUCCAAACGAACCCACGUCGUUGGUGGCAACAAUGCUGAUGGUUCGCACGACUAUGGCUUAUUCCAAAUUAAUAACCGCUACUGGUGCAACGAUGGUGACCACCCGGGCAAGGGAUGCAACAUUCGCUGCAAAGAUCUGUUGCUGGAUGACAUCACAAUAGCGUCUCAGUGCAGUAAGACCAUUUUCGGUGUCCACGGAUUCAACGCCUGGGUCGGAUGGGUGAACAAAUGCAAGGGAAGAAACCUACCCAACCUUCACUGUUAG